CGGAAGUCGAUCAAGAAACUGUCGUUCAAGGAAAAAAGGGGCGGCAUCCAUCCCUAAAACAAGGAGCCGAUUGGUUUACCUGAAGCCAUGCCCUCAAGAAAAGUGUCCGAGGGCAUUUUCUACAGGAGAGUGCAGCCUGAAGGGUCGCUAUGGUAACAGGCCACGCCCACAGCCGCUGGUAUUUGGUUGCGCAGGCGCCGACGGAAGUGAGCCGCAGGAGACGGAAGUCCCGCCCUUCUCGCCCUGUACGCCAAAGGCUGGAGCAACGCGCUUGGAGGCGGGAGUGAUCUGCGAGCGAAACCUACACCAUGAGUCUCCUCAAUAAACCCAAGAGUGAGAUGACCCCAGAGGAGCUGCAGAAGCGGGAGGAGGAGGAAUUCAACACAGGUCCCCUCUCAGUGCUCACGCAGUCGGUCAAGAACAACACGCAAGUGCUCAUUAACUGUCGCAACAACAAGAAGCUGCUGGGCCGGGUGAAGGCCUUUGACAGGCACUGCAACAUGGUGCUGGAAAAUGUGAAGGAGAUGUGGACUGAGGUUCCCAAGAGCGGCAAGGGCAAGAAGAAAUCCAAGCCUGUCAACAAGGACCGCUACAUCUCCAAGAUGUUCCUGCGCGGGGACUCGGUCAUCGUGGUGCUGCGGAACCCACUCAUCGCUGGCAAGUAGAGCCUGCUCCCUGCCCUGCGAAGGCCUGCAGAACCCUGCCCAGUGGGCGAGAAAUAAAACCCUGUGCUUUUUGGUUUUUAUGUU